AUGAAGUUCUCUCUCCUUACCGCUGCUGGUGUUCUUGCCGCCAUUAACCAAGCUACUGCUGUCACUAUUGUCACUCCCUGGGCUAGCUCCGUAUGGUCUGCUGGUGGACAUGGUUUGAUCACUUGGAAUACCACUGCUGCUGACGCUAACCUCAAGUGUGAUAUCUACAUGUUGAACGGUGAAUUCACCAACUCCAACAUUGUUGCUCAAAUCACUGAUCCUGCUACUCCUGUUGCCUGUAGCGCUGGUAGUUACGAUAUGUAUCCUUUGAACGACUUUGCUUCCGGUUCUUACUGGAUCCGUAUCGGUCAAGCCUCCACUGGUAACUGGGCCUACUCUUCUCCCUUCAAGUUCAACGGUACUGGCACUGCUAAGCCUGUUUCCGUUGUCAGCGGUGCCUCAGCUGCUGCUGUCCCCACCAACAGCUCCUCUGUUACUGGUACUGCCGCUGCCGCUGCUUCUGCUGCCUCUGCUACCAAGGCUGCCACCACUGGCGCCUCUUCUGCCAGCAAGUCUGCCUCCGCUUCUGCCUCUGCCUCUGCCAGCCCUGCUUCUUCCGGUGCCUCUGCCGCCAUGUCCAUCAACGCUGCCGCCGUUGCCUUGGGUGCCAUUGCUGCUGUUGCUUUGACUCUUUAA